UCCCAGUUGUCCCUAAACGCACCUCCGGUCUGCGUCAACAAUCGCUCCAGUCUGUCCGUUUUGUUUGUUUGACGGUUGGUUUUGCACGUUACCGGGAGUAAGAAGAUCCACCAGCCCGGCUGCUGUCCAAAGAGAGGUCCGGUGAGUCCGCACCUAACGUGUUAUUAACGGUUAAAGACAGUCGGUACCUGUCGGCUGUCGCUGGGUUUCUUUUGAGUCAUUCGUUCAUCUGUAGACCGUCCUGUUGUUCUGAUGACUGACUGAAAGCCUCCAUCGAUCCUCCCAGCAUCUCCGUCCACAGCUGCACUAUGAGUGUAUGAUGUCUGAGAGCAGCUGCCAUGGCCUGCAGCAGCGGACAGAGCAAUGCCGAAACUCUGGAGGGGUUCCAUGAGGUGAACUUGGCCUCACCCACCACACCUGACCUUCAGAACCAAGCUGAGCAGCGCCCCCCCGCCCAACAGCAGAGUGCCCCGCCCACCUCUCUGUACCGCACCCACUCUCUGGGAGCGCACCCUAGUGGCCGCCCCACCUCACUGCGGGCCGACCAGCUCCCCACGCAGCCAGUGUACUCCACACCACGGCACAGCCACAAUGGAAGUGUGCCAGGCCAGGAGGCGGAGUCAACCGAGGGCAACUUCCUGUCCGCAGAGGAUGGCGAGGAGUGCAGCGCUCUGAGCGACAGCCUGUCGCGGCUGCGCAGCCCGUCUGUUAUGGAGGUCCGAGAGAAAGGAAGCGAGAAGCUGAAGGAGGAGCUGGCCAAGGCCCAGAGGGAGCUGCUGUUAAAGGAUGAGGAGUGUGAGAGGUUGUCUAAAGUCAGAGACCAGCUCGGCCAGGAGCUGGAGGAGCUCACCGCCAGUCUCUUCCAGGAGGCCCACAAAAUGGUCAGAGAAGCCAACGUCAAACAGGCGAAUGCUGAAAAACAACUGAAGGAAGCCCUGGGAAAGAUUGACGUCCUCCAGGCGGAGGUCCAGGCCCUGAAGACACUGGUGCUCUCCUCCCCCACCUCCCCGCUGGGUGAACUGCCCUCUGCGGGAGCCGGGGGGAAGACUCCCUUCAGGAAGGGCCACAGCAGGAACAAGAGCACCUCCUCGGCCAUCAUGGGGACGCAGCCCGACCCGUCGGCCACGCAGCCCAUCGUGCGGGAGUGUAGAGAGGUGGACAGUCAGCUGUUCAGCGACUUCAAGGCGUGGAAGGAGGAGCCGACGCUCGACCGGGGCUGCUGCUUCCUGGAGAGAGUUUACCGUGAGGACAUCUACCCCUGCCUCACCUUCAGCAAGAGCGAGGCUCACUGUCCUCACCUGCUCUCUACUCAGCUCGGUUCGGCCAUCUUGGAAGCUGUGGAGCAGAACACGCUCAGUGUGGAGCCGGUCGGUUUCCAGCCGCUGCCCGUGGUCAAAGCCUCGGCGGUGGAGUGUGGAGGACCAAAUGGGCGAAGGGCUGAGCUCGUCACAAAAUGUGCCCUGAGCGGUCAGACCAAAACCUGUAAGCACAGAAUCAAGUUUGGAGAUUCGUCCAACUAUUACUACGUGUCUCCGUACUGUAGAUAUAGAAUCACAGCAGUGUGUAAUUUCUUCACCUACAUUCGCUACAUCCACCAAGGGCUGGUCAAACAGCAGGAUGCGGAGCAGAUAUUCUGGGAGGUGAUGCAGCUACGGAGGGAAAUGUCCUUCGCCAAGCUUGGCUACUACAAAGACCAGCUGUGACCGAUGGACAGCCCCGCCCUCCAAUCACAGCCAACUGCGCCCCGAAUCCCCGCCCCCUUCCUGGUCCUGGUUUUCCCUCAUCCUGUCAUUUCCCUCCAUCCCUCCCUCCCUCCUUUGUGCGAGUGUGUUUUUGUGUGUGAAAGAGAAUAACUGUGGUUGUUUUCAAUCACCACAAAAAAAAAAAGACGUCCGUGGUCUGUUGUCGUUACUGAUCUGGAGUUUUUAUGGGUUUCUGUUGAGAAUCCAAAAUAUUUUUCUUUUAUUGAAACAUGUAACACUCCCAUUAUAUGAAUUAUUGUUAAUAUAUGAAGACAACUGGCUUUGUUCCCCUCCCCCUCUAAAAAUAAAACAUACAAAAACCCUUUAAUUGUUAAAUCAGAGUUUAACAGGGCUGAAACAAGUCAUUUGAAUUCUUCAGUUACAAAUGGAGACAACUUUCUGGACAUAUGAUGGAGAAUUAGAGCCACUCUUCUGAGAUUUAGAGAAUAUUUAGAAAUAAGUUGUAGUGUUGGGAAAAUAAAGUCAUAAAACAAAAAUGUAUAACCUUUCAAACAUUAUUUAAACAAUCUAAAAUAUUACAACUAUUCUAGAAAUCCCCGAUAUAUUUUCCUAACAGUGGCCCUGUUGCUCCGUCGUAGUGGCACAAGUAACUAAAACCUGUUAAACAGUGCUGCUAAAUGACCAAACAAUCAAUUAUUGUGAAACUGUAUAAGCUGACAUUGAAUUUAUGUUGUAGAAAAUGAUAAAGGCAGUAUGUGAAAUGUAAAGAAAUAUGUGCAAAGAUAAUCAGAAGAUCACCCAUUCAGACUGGAUAGUAAUAAUUACAGCUGGAAUGACGACCUGUUUUUCUGCAAACUUGUUGGUCCGCCUUUUAAUUUCUUGAAUUAUAAUGUUUCUUUGCCUCCCCUUUAAAUCUCUGCCACCCUGGAGGCUUUUGGCUUACUACUGCUGAAUUACAACCGAGCACAGUGAAUAAUUCCCCACCUCCCCCUGUAAUGUUUAACCUGUCUGAAUGGGGCUUAAAAAGUCUUUUCAGCAUUAUAAAGUUUGUCUCUGUAUGACAGAAAAUGUUAUUUAUAAUUACUUUAAUAAUUUAUGACCAUUAUUUGACGGUUAUUUUGUUGUCGGUGUGGUUUCAGACGGUAAAGCUUCAGUUGGAAAAAUGAAAUUGACAUUUUACUGCUGUUAAACACUACAUGAUGUUCUGGCCUCUUUUACAUACUUUGACAAACAAAUUUGCUGUGUGUAUUUUCAUUUUCCUGGUGUUUUCAGCCUGCUGUAUUUAAUCAAUCAGGAAAUGUGUAGAUAAUAAGCUGUGUGUGGGGGAGUGUGUUUGUAUGCCUGGUGUUGUGUAAACUUUCAUGUAUGUUAAUUUAAACCUGAUUCCUCUGCAUCUCCCUCUCUGUCAUUCAUAGUCAUUGUCACUUUCCCGGUUUGGUUUAGUGCCUUUUCUCUCAGACACUCUGAAAUAAAAACAGUAAUACCUCUGGAAA